AUGAGAAGCUUCUGGCUUGUGCUCUUUGGUGGGGCAAUAGCUUUUGCUUUGCCUGUGAAACAUGAAAAAGACAAGAUGCUUCUUAUGCAGAGGUACCUAGAAAAAUAUUACAACUUUACAUCAAAUGGGCAGCAAGUCUUUAAAAGAAGAAUCAGCAGCCCCAUGGCAAAAAAGAUCAGAGAAAUGCAAAGAUUUAUUGGAUUAGAGGUGACAGGUGAUAUAGACUCCAAUACACUGCAGGCCAUUCAAAAACCCAGAUGUGGAAACCCAGAUGUGGGCCAAUUUGCCUUCUUUCCAAAUCAACCCAAGUGGCAGAAGAAACAUUUAAUCUACAGGAUACUGAACUACACACCAGAUAUGGAAAGAGGCAGCAUUGACGAAAUCAUCGACAAAGCUCUUAAAGUUUGGAGCCAAGUUACGCCUUUGACAUUCGAGAAAGUUCUACAUGGCAAUGCAGACAUAUAUAUCUCUUUCCAGUCUAGAGCUCAUGGAGAUUUGUAUCCUUUUGAUGGACCUGGUGGAACACUUGCCCAUGCUUACGCUCCUGGUCCUGACUUUGGAGGAGAUGCCCAUUUUGAUGAAGAUGAAUUCUGGAGCUCUGGUGUAGAAGGUAUCAAUUUAUUUUAUACUGCUGUUCAUGAGUUUGGCCAUUCCCUUGGACUCUUCCAUUCUCAACAUCCUGAUGCGGUGAUGAAUCCAAUGUAUAAGACGCCCAUGGCAAAUCAACCGAUUCUAUCUCAGGAUGAUAUUGCUGGCAUCCAGUAUCUUUAUGGAGCAUCAUCAAAUCCACCUCAAGACGAUGAACCAAGAAAACCCAACAGCGAAGACAAACCAGCAUUACCUUCUGCUUGCAAUCCUGGCUUGACAUUUGAUGCUGUGACCACUUUUCGGGGAGAAAUAAUGUUUUUCUGGAAUAAAUAUUUUUGGCGAAAACUCCCCCAGUACAGACAGAUUGAUUUGGAUCUGAUUUCUGAAUUUUGGCCAUUUCUACCAUCUGGAGUGGAUGCUGUUUCUGAAAAUAAUGAGAAAGAUGAGACGUUUCUUUUUAAAGGCAACCAGUUCUGGGUCGUGAAAGGAGAUUAUUUGCUUCCUGGGUACCCCAAGUCCAUCCACAGUCUGGGCUUUCCCAAAGAAGUCGCAAAAAUUGAUGCUGCAGUUUUCAGUGCCAAUGAAAAGAAGACAUAUUAUUUUUCUUCAGACAGAUACUGGAGUUACGAUGAAAACAGCAAAACCAUGAACAGGAGUCCCCAAAGGAUCCAAAAUGGCUUCCCAGGUAUCUCAGGCAAGAUUGAUGCCGUCUUCCACUACAAUGAUGUAUUGUACUUCUUUAAGGGAAGAAAUCAAUAUGAGUUUGAUCCUAACACCAGAAGAGUUACUCGGAUCCUAAAGGCCAACAGCUGGUUUUCAUGCUGA